GAAAGCAGAAAAUAAAGUCACUCAGAAGCUCGUCCGAGUGAUAGAGCCACAGGAAGUGUCACACAGACACUUUACAGAAGGACAGAAGAAUAACACACUCCUGUUAUCUCACCGUCCGUCUGCUGCCCUCAUCACCAGAGUGAAGGUUCAUACUCCUGUGGCAGGUUCAAGACUAAGAAGUGAAAAUGGGAUGUUUUGGAUUCCUCAAAGUCAUGAUGUUCGUGUUCAACGGCAUCAUCUGUCUGGCGGGCGCUGCCAUCCUGGGCGUCGGGAUCUGGGUGAAGGUGGACAGCGGCUCCAUCCUCGGCUUCCUCGGGCAAAUAGAAAACGCCCCGGCGGGGCUCAGUCAGGUGGUCAACGUGGGCUACCUGCUGAUCGCAAUAGGGGCGCUGCUGCUCAUCAUCGGAUUUCUGGGCUGCUGCGGAGCCGUGAAAGAGAGCAAGUGCAUGCUGCUGCUGUUCUUCAUCAUCAUCCUGCUGGUCUUCAUUGCGGAGGUUGCAGGGGCAGUGGUCAUCUUGGUAUUCAGACCCUUGGCCGAUGAGCUGCUCCAGAAGCUCCGCACAGCGGCGGUUCAGGACAUCAAGAAAGACUAUGGGAAGAAUCCAGACGUCACGGGACUGUGGAAUACGACGAUGACCACGUUACAAUGUUGUGGAUUUCAAAACUCCUCCGACUUUGUGGAUUCGCCGUAUUAUAAGGAUCAGAACAACCAGUUCCCACCUCAGUGUUGCUCUGACAAAAGCGCCCCC